CAAAGAAUGGUUUGAAUUUCUCGCGUUACGGCGAGUGGUGGGGGCAGAUCUAAAAGAUAAAAGAUAACACUUAAGCCUCGAGAGCUCCUGGUUGCCUCGGCCCACUUCUUCAUUGGCAGUCACCCAGAUGCACCGGAGGGCCCUCCAGGAAACCAAAAGAUAUAAGCUGGCAUAAAGACGACUGGCGUGGUGGAGUGUUAUCGUCCUGGCAAUUUGCGGAGCAGCCAUCUUGAGCCUAUCGACUUGGAAUAGAUUUCAAAACAACCCGACGGUGGUGUCCAUGGAAACGAAUUACAAAGACUGGAACACGUCUUUUCCCUCAGUUACGAUCUGUCCUUUGCCGAAAUACGAUCAAGAAAAUCUUGAUAAAAUAAUUUAUGAGAAAUUUUCUAACAUCAAGGAAAAGGAAACUGUCUUGGGAUUUUUUACGCAGCUUUCGAAUGCCUCUUUUGGAACGUUCAGUGAAGUGAGGACAAGCACCGAUGAAAUUGAACCAUCAACAUAUUGGAAGGUGGUCUGGAAAAUAGCUUUUCCUUUCACGUACAAUGUCAGCAACAGUAAUACUGAAGCUUAUAAUCAGACGGAAAUGAACCAAGUCGUCACGGAAGUUGGGUUCUGUUAUUCUUACAAUUCUCUCGCGACCAUCUACAACGAUCCCAAGAUGUGGGAAAGGAAGGAGUGGCAGUUGUUGACCGGACUACCGAUAUUUAGGAGCAGUCCACUAGAUGGAGACAUCUUUACACAAGUCAUGAACAUGAAUGCAGGAUAUCGGCUUUAUAUUUUGGACCCCACUGAGUUUCCAGAUGUUUCAAUACCACAAAUAGAAGGUUUCAACAAUUCCUACAAAACCUUGGACUUGACAGCCCUCAGCAUCGUCAGUGCAAAAGAAGUCGAGGAUCUAUCGAUCCAGCAGAGGAAGUGCAGACUGCCGCGGGAGUCGAACUUGCUCACGAGCCCGGUCUACAGCUACAACCUGUGCAGGAUGGAGUGCCGCAUCAAGGAAUGCUACGGCCUCUGUAAAUGCAUCCCAUACUUUUAUCGACCUACUGACAAUUAUCCGGUUUGCGAUUUGGAUGGCAUGCACUGUUUGGACAAACAUUCAGAACGGCUAGUCCGAAUGAUAGAUCCAAAUACUGGCCGAAAAAUUCCAUGUGAUUGUUUACAACUUUGUAAUGAAGUUAACUAUAUUGUAGACACCGACAACUCUAUGCCCUGGACACUUGGAACAAAUUUAAAAUGGGGCUUAACAAAAUAUCCAAAGUUUAGAUUAAAGAGAGGCAUACUUUUUGGUGAGACAGAAUUACUAGUGGCUGUUGGUGGUACUGUUGGCUUCUUCUUUGGCUGCAGUUUGCUCAGCUUUGCAGAAAUUAUCUAUUUCUUCACCCUUCACUUGUUCUGGUUUGUCAUGUACAAGAAACGAAGAUAAAAAUGAAAGAUUGAUUUAGUCACAAUAUAAUAACCAACAGUAAAAGAAUAGCUCUCAACACAAUCACUGCCACCAUCCCUUCAGAAUAAUCAACUCUAAUACUAAUGAGACGUGGAAGACAUCUUUACAGGCAGUGCUGGCCAUAGAGGUGGAGAGGGGAGGAGUCAACCGGGAUACGUAUUUACAAACCUUAUACGUAUUUAGACACCCUGUCUGAACUCGUCUAGAGUUUGUAGCGGCCCUGAGAGCUGGCCCAUUACAAACCCUUUGUGUUUAUACACUUUGUACUUAUUACUCUAGCCUAUUGACAGUAUUUUUUGUCGGUAAAAUAAAUAUUUAAAACAAAAUUAAUUUUUUGUUUAUAUUACAUACAACAUAAUAUGGUUAUCUUUAUCCUUAUUUUUUUUCUCUAAGACAUUAUUCAAUUAGUGUCAAUCAAUUUCUACA